CCAGCCCAAGACAGCCCCGAACCGGCACCGUCUCCUACUCUCCUUCUCUGGUGCGGGUCUGCGGGAUGCACGGCCCUGCCAUGCCAACGCCAUCCCCGCCGGCCGCCGCAUCACCACCUACACCCACCUGAAGAACGCCGUACCAAUAAACUCUCUCGGGCUCGAUACUUUCCCCAUCUCCCAUCCCAUCCUCCGAUUUCCCUUCCCACGCCGUCCCCCCACCCCCCAGAUCGGCAAAUCCGCCCGCACCUGCUCUGCGCGCGUCGCGCGUCCCGGAUGGCCAUCGUCUCCUCCGCCCGACUCGUGGUUCCGUAGCAUGGGCCACUCCCCCUCUUCCCUUUCCAAAUCCGGCCCCUCCUCUCCACCGCGCCGCAGCAGGUCAUUCUCCCCCAUGGCGCCGCCGCAGCAGCUGCUGCUGACCGCGCCGUUGCAGGUCGCUGCGGGGGGCAGCGGCAGCGACUCGUCCUCCUCGUUCGCGCCCCCCGCUCGGGACUACACCCAGGACCUGCCCGACGAGAUCCUCGCGCUGGUAUUCGCGUCGCUCUCGCCCACCGACCGCAACGCCUGCUCCCUCAUCUGCUCCCGAUGGAUGGAGGUCGACGCCACCACGCGCCACCGGCUCUCCCUCGACGCCCGCGCCGCGCUGGGGAACGCGGCCACCGCGCUGUUCUCGCGGUUCACGGCUGUCACGAAGCUCGCGCUCCGCUGCGCGCGCGACUCAGGAUCGGACAGCCUCUCCGACCACGGUGCUGCGGCGCUGGCCGCCGCGCUUCCCUCGGAGCGCCUAGCCAGGCUCAAGCUCCGCGGUCUAAGGCAGCUCUCCGACGCCGGGCUAGCCUCCCUCGCUGCCGGCGCGCCAGCGAUCCGCAAGCUCUCUAUUGCGUCCUGCACCUUCGGACCCAGGGCAUUCGUCGCGGUGCUCCAGUCGUGCCCCCUCCUCGAGGACCUCUCCGUCAAGCGCCUCCGCAGCGUAGCAGACACGUCCGGUGCCGCCAGUUCCAUUGCUGAGGAGAUCAAGUUUCCACCGGCUUUAUCCCUGCGUUCGGUUUGCGUCAAGGAUCUAUAUAACGCUCUGUGCUUUGUGCCGCUUGUGGCGUCCUCACCGAACCUCCGCUCCCUCAAGAUACUGCGGUGCUCCGGCGCCUGGGACCUGCCAUUGGAGGUCAUCGCUGCACGUGCUCCUGGCCUUGUUGAGCUUCACCUUGAGAAGCUACAGGUUGGCGACCGUGGGCUUGCGGCGCUUUCCGCCUGUGCCAAUCUGGAAGUUCUGUUCCUUGUCAAGACCCCUGAGUGCACUGAUUCAGGCAUCAUCAGUGUUGCCGAGAAGUGCCACAAACUCCGCAAACUGCAUGUGGAUGGGUGGCGCACAAACAGGAUUGGGGAUUUCGGACUCAUGGCUGUGGCACGAGGAUGUCCAGAUCUGCAGGAGCUCGUUUUGAUAGGGGUCAACCCCACCGUGCUGAGCCUUCGGAUGCUUGGUGAGCACUGCCGGUUGCUGGAACGGCUGGCACUUUGUGGGUGUGAAACUGUGGGUGAUGCUGAGAUCAUUUGCUUGGCUGAGCGAUGGGCUGCGCUCAAGAAGCUCUGCAUCAAGGGUUGCCCUGUGUCAGAUCGUGGGAUGGAAGCACUAAAUGGGGGGUGCCCCAGUUUAGUCAAGGUGAAGCUGAAGAGAUGUCGUGGAGUGUCAUACGAGUGCAUUGAGAACCUGAAGGUUACUAGGGGGGAGUCAUUUUCCAUCAGCUUGGAUGUUGUAUUGGAGCAUGAUGCCGGGAGCACUAGUGAAAAUGGUGCACAAGAGAAUGGACAGACACAAAUUACAGAGCUGGCCGGUCAAAUGACAGGCAUGGACCUCCUCACCAAUGCCGCUGGCACACAAUCAUCGAUUCAUACCAUUAACAGGAUGAGGAGUGUCAUGUCAGCGAUCCGGCGUAGGUUUGGCAAUCCUCUGCCACCAUGAUGAUUCCAUGCCCAUAAGACCAAGAUUGAUUAUUCAAAUGACGGUUGCUGAAAAAUUCUACAUGACUAUAUUAUUACUCUAUUCCAUAACAAAGAAAAGCUAGAACGAUCUUUUUGUCAAAGGGUACAGCAACCAAUGCGUUUGCUGGCAAAAACUGGUGGUUGAAAGGGGGAUUAUGUACUUAUGCUCAUCUCAGCCUAUAUGAUAAAAUGUACUGCGCCCUCCUUCCCUAAUUGCACUUCUUAGUGUUGUUCA